CUUCUCCGACACCAGCAUUCAGCAGAGGCUGGAAGAGCAGCGUGAGCGGAUCCGCAGAGAGAUCCGGAAAGAGCUGAAGAUCAAAGAGGGGGCAGAGAACCUCCGCAGGGCCACCACGGACAAGAAGAACGUGCAGCAGGUGGACAACCAGCUCCGCAGCUCCAACCGCCGCCUGGAGAACCUCCACUCUCAGCUCCAGGAGCUGGACGCUCACAUUGUGGUCAAAGGCCCAGACGACAGCAAAGAUGACCCCCAGUCUCCGGGGUCCGGGACGGUCAGCAGGCCGUCAGCCAAUCAGGACCGAAUCACGGCCCUCCAGCGUCAGCUCAACAUCGAACUGAAAGUCAAACAGGGAGCGGAGAAUAUGAUCCCCAUCUACGCCAACGGAGCCACGAAAGACAAGAAACUCCUGCAGACAGCGCAGCAGAUGCUUCAGGACAGCAAGAUGAAGAUCGACAUCAUUCGAAUGCAGAUCCGCAAGGCCAUGCAGGCCACAGAGCAGACAGAAGACAUACAGGGUAAGCCUGAUCUGUGUGGGGUGGAGUUGCGGAUUGAGGAGCUGUGGCAUCAUUACCGGGUGGAACACGCGUUGGCAGAGGGAGCCAAGAACAUGCUGAGACUUCUGGGAGCAGGCAAAGCCCAGGAUAAGAAGGCCAUUGCCGAGGCUCAGGGUCGUUUAAGCGAGGCGUCGCAGAGGUUGGACCUCCUGCGGGAGUCUCUGGAGAAGCGUUUGGUGGACUUGCCUGAGGAUCACCCCAAAGCCUGUCUGAUUAAAGAGGAGCUGGUCUUGGCCUCCUCAUCAGCCUUCAGCUCACGCCACAGCGCCCCCUAUGUACACAACCAAUAUAGCACUCUCAUCAAACCAUCACCACUAACCGGCACUUUGCAGGUGCGUCUGCUGGGUUGUGUGGGCUUGCUGGAUGUGGUGCCUGGGCGGAGUCGGGGCUCUCCAGUGACGUUGCCGUGUUACAGUCCAGGGGAAGGACGACCUUUCAAACUCAGCCUCUACAGCCGCAACAGUAGUCACAGCCUCAAAAUACCUGGCAAGACAGACGAGCUCUCCUCGGAAGUGAGUGCUGUGCUGAAGUUGGAGAACACUGUGGUUGGACAGACCAGCUGGAAAACUGUUGGAGAGCAGGCUUGGAACCAGACCUUCACUGUGGAUUUGGAAAGGUCCAGAGAGAUGGAGAUAGCCGUGUACUGGAGAGACUACCGCUCUCUCUGUGCUGUGAAAUACCUUAAACUGGAGGAGUUCCUCGACAACCAGAGACACGAGAUACAGCUGGACCUUGAACCCCAGGGGCGGCUUCUGGCAGAGGUGACAUUCUUUAACCCGGUUAUAGAAAGGGGUCCACGUCUGCAAAGACAGAGAAAAGUCUUCUCCAAACAACAGGGUAAAGCUUUCCUGAAAGCCCGACAGAUGAACGUAGACAUCGCCACCUGGGUCCGUCUGCUGAAGAGUGCCAUUCCCACUGGAUCCCCGUCAACCUCAUACACCCCCAACUCACACACACACACCACAGGAGAGAUUUCCAUUGAAAAGCUAAACCUGGGCAGUGACUCUCCACCGCGAGCAGAAGUCAGGAGAGACAGCACUGAGGCCACGCAUCCGGCACAGAUGCCUGUUAUUGAGGCUUUCUCUCCUCCUGAUCUCACUCCCGAACGCAACACCAAGGUCACUACCCAGAGUUCUCUGCGCAGACAGAACAGAGGCCCCCUUAGUCUUCAAGACUUUAGACUUAUUGCUGUUCUGGGAAGAGGGCAUUUUGGAAAGGUGUUGUUGUCUGAGUACAGAAAAACAGGCAGUCUGUAUGCCAUCAAAGCUCUCAAAAAAGGAGACAUUGUGGCUCGGGAUGAAGUAGAAAGUCUGAUGUGUGAGAAGCGGAUCUUUGAGACAGUGAACAGUUCGCAACAUCCGUUCCUGGUCAAUCUGUUUGCGUGUUUCCAGACUCCAGAACACGUGUGUUUUGUGAUGGAGUACACAGCAGGAGGAGACCUCAUGAUGCACAUCCACGCAGACGUCUUCAGCGAGUCGCGCUCCGUGUUUUAUGCUGCCUGUGUGGUCUUGGGUCUGCAGUUUCUUCACGACCAUAAGAUUGUAUAUAGAGACCUGAAGCUGGAUAAUCUGUUGCUGGACACAGAGGGUUAUGUGAAGAUUGCUGACUUUGGUCUCUGUAAAGAGGGAAUGGGAUACGGAGACAGGACCAGUACGUUCUGUGGUACUCCUGAGUUUCUUGCCCCUGAGGUGUUGACAGACACGUCAUACACCAGAGCAGUAGACUGGUGGGGAUUGGGAGUACUGGUGUAUGAGAUGCUGGUGGGAGAGUCUCCCUUCCCAGGUGAUGAUGAAGAGGAGGUGUUUGACAGCAUUGUGAAUGAUGAAGUACGCUACCCUCGCUUCCUUUCCACCGAGGCCAUCAGUAUAAUGAGACGGCUGUUGAGAAGGAACCCAGACAGAAGACUGGGCUCCAGUGAAAAAGAUGCUGAGGAUGUGAAGAAACAGCCAUUUUUCAGGAGUGUGGACUGGGAGGGUUUGCUCCAGAAGAGAGUUCCUCCUCCGUUCGUUCCCAUGGUCGGAGACCGAGAAGACGUCAGCAACUUCGACCAGGAGUUCACCACCGAGGCCCCUACCCUAACCCCACCCCGGGAGCGCCGCACCCUGUCCCGCAAAGACCAGGACUACUUCAAAGACUUCGACUACGUCUCAGACCUCUGCUAG